CGUGAUAUCCUUCCGCCGGAGACCAGCACGGCCCUUUCCCUCCCUAUAACACAGGAUGCGAGCAAGCAGCAUUGCUGCUAAUAUACGUUAUUUGCCCCGUACCUCAACAAAAAAUUUUACACAUUAAGAGCUAAUCAACAACAAAGAAGGUGUUGGGAGUGCAUACGUUGAUCACCGGCUUCUGUUGACUUUAUCAACGCUCUGUUGAACAUCGGUGUACGCCGAGGAGUUAUUAUCACCCGGGUUAAGUUGUGCGCGGCAAGCGAACUAGCUAGCUAGUAACUACUUCUGGAAAGAGAGUGGCAGCCGGGGCACAGAAUGGAGCUCAUCACUAUUCUCGAGAAAACCGUCUCUCCAGAUCGAAAUGAACUGGAGGCGGCACAGAAGUUUCUGGAGCAGGCGGCUAUCGAGCACCUGCCCACAUUCCUGGUGGAGCUGUCCAAGGUGUUGGCCAACCCAGGGAACACGCAGGUGGCCCGAGUGGCAGCUGGUCUGCAGGUGAAGAACUCUCUGACAUCCAAGGACCCGGACGUCAAGACGCAGUACCAGCAGAGAUGGCUUGCCAUCGACGCCAACGCCAGGCGAGAGAUCAAGACUUUUGUUCUCCAAACACUUGGCACAGAGACGUAUCGCCCGAGCUCGGCAUCGCAGUGCGUGGCCGGGAUUGCGUGUGCAGAGAUCCCCGUCAACCAGUGGCCAGAGCUCAUCCCACAGCUGGUGGCCAACGUUACGGACCCCUCGAGCACUGAGCACAUGAAGGAGUCCACUCUGGAAGCCAUCGGAUAUAUCUGUCAGGACAUAGAGCCAGAGCAGCUGCAGGACAACGCCAAUCAGAUCCUGACCGCCAUCAUCCAGGGCAUGAGGAAGGAGGAGCCUAGCAACAACGUCAAAUUGGCAGCCACCAAUGCCCUGCUCAACUCGCUGGAGUUCACUAAAGCCAACUUUGAUAAGGAGACGGAGCGUCACUUCAUCAUGCAGGUUGUGUGUGAGGCUACGCAGUGCCCUGACACCAGAGUCCAGGUAAGGGUAGCGGCACUACAGAACCUGGUGAAGAUCAUGUCGCUGUAUUACCAGUACAUGGAGACCUACAUGGGCCCGGCACUUUUCGCGAUCACCAUAGAGGCCAUGAAGAGUGACAUAGACGAGGUAGCCCUGCAGGGGAUCGAGUUCUGGUCCAACGUCUGUGAUGAGGAGAUGGAUCUGGCCAUUGAAGCCUCUGAGGCUUCAGAGCAAGGUCGCCCCCCUGAGCAUACUAGUAAAUUCUACGCCAAAGGGGCCUUGCAGUACCUGGUUCCCAUCCUUACCCAGACCCUCACCAAACAGGAUGAGAACGACGAUGACGACGACUGGAACCCGUGCAAGGCGGCCGGCGUGUGUCUGAUGCUGCUGGCCACCUGCUGCGAGGACGACGUCGUGCCCCACGUCCUGCCCUUCAUCAAGGAGCACAUCAAGAACCCUGACUGGCGCUACCGGGAUGCCUCCGUCAUGGCUUUCGGCUCCAUUCUGGAGGGCCCGGAGCUCAACCAGCUCAAGCCCCUCGUCCACCAGGCCAUGCCCACCCUCAUAGACCUGAUGAAGGACCCCAGCGUGGUGGUGAGGGACACCACCGCCUGGACCGUGGGCAGGAUCUGUGAGCUGCUGCCCGAGGCAGCCAUCAACGACGUGUACCUGUCCCCGCUACUGCAGUGUCUGAUUGAGGGCCUGGGGGCGGAGCCAAGGGUGGCCUCCAACGUCUGCUGGGCCUUCUCCAGUCUGGCGGAGGCUGCUUACGAGGCCACAGAUGCAGCCGAGGACCAGGAAGAGCCCAGCACCUACUGCCUCUCUUCCUCCUUUGAAAUCAUCGUCCAGAAACUCCUUGAAACCACAGACAGACCCGACGGCCACCAGAACAACCUGCGCUCAGCGGCCUACGAGGCGCUGAUGGAGAUAGUGAAGAACAGCGCCAAAGACUGCUACCCUGCCGUGCAGAAGACCACGCUGGUCAUCAUGGAGCGCCUGCAGCAGGUCCUUCAGAUGGAGUCGCACAUCCAGAGCACCUCCGACCGAAUCCAGUACAACGACCUGCAGUCUCUGCUGUGCGCCACUCUACAGAAUGUGCUACGUAAGGUGCAGCACCAGGACGCCCUGCAGAUCUCCGACGUGGUGAUGGCCUCCCUGCUCCGCAUGUUCCAGAGCACCGCAGGCUCCGGGGGUGUUCAGGAGGACGCGCUGAUGGCCGUCUCUACUCUGGUAGAAGUUCUCGGCAGCGACUUCCAGAAAUAUAUGGAUGCCUUCAAGCCUUUCUUGGGAAUUGGACUAAAGAACUAUGCUGAAUAUCAGGUGUGCCUUGCAGCUGUGGGCCUGGUGUGUGACCUGUGCAGAGCUCUGAUGACCAACAUCCUGCCUUUCUGUGACGAGAUCAUGCAGCUCCUUCUGGAGAACCUGGGGAAUGAGAACGUCCACCGGUCUGUGAAGCCCCAGAUCCUGUCGGCGUUUGGAGACAUCGCUCUCGCCAUCGGUGGAGAGUUCAAGAAAUACCUGGAGAUUGUUCUGGACACUCUCCAACAGGCUUCCCAGGCCCAGGUGGACAAGACGGACUACGAUAUGGUGGAUUAUCUGAACGAGUUGAGGGAGGGCUGCCUUGAAGCCUACACCGGCAUCAUACAGGGCCUGAAGGGGGACCAGGAAAACGUUCACCCUGAUGUCAUGCUAGUGCAACCGCGGGUGGAGUUUAUCCUGUCCUUCAUCCACCACAUAGCGGAGGACGAGGACCACUCUGAUGGAGUUGUGGCCAACGCUGCUGGCCUCAUAGGGGACCUCUGCACCACGUUCGGGAAGGAUGUGGCCAAGCUGGUGGAGGUGCGUCCUCUCAUAAACGACUUGCUGACUGAGGGCCGGCGCUCCAAGACCACCAAAACUAAGACCCUGGCCACCUGGGCCACCAAGGAGCUCCGCAAGCUCAAGAGCCAGGCCUGAUGCAAUUCUUGUCAGGAAAGAGAUCAACAUCAGUAAACAAUGAGGAAAUAUUGCCCCACUGGAAUUACAUCUUCUGUCUUUUGCGCGCGUGUGACCGGGUCAAAGCAGAAGCUAAGUGUGCGCUGAGAUGAGUGUCUGUGUGUGAGAGAGAUCGAGAGAGAGAGAGAGAGAGAGAGAGAAAGAACGCACGAGCGCAGAUCGUGUGCGCGAGAGAUGACUGAUAUCACAACACCUUCUGAGUACAAUUCCAGCGGUCGCCUGCAGACUGGCAGCGACCCUACCUACCCACCCCCAUACCUACCUUCGGACCCCCACCCAUAACCGCCUUCCUGACUAUUGAACCCCUCCCCUCGACGGCCUGUGGACUGUACCAUAUCUGAACAAGGACUCUGAACAUGACCUCCUUCCACCACUACUUUCCAGCUGACCCUCCUGAAAUGAUUUUCCCGCUGGGGUCACACACACACACACAACGCCUUGUCAAGCAUCCCUUCUUCGACAACUAUCCUCCUCCAUUGGACCCCCCCUGCUGUGUAGUCCGGCUGAGACGAAUGAGCCCUCGUCCGAGACGCCAACUAACAUUUUAGUGGUCUGUUUAACGUUGCUAUGACGACAACAAAGAUGAAUGCUACAACUCCAUGUCGCCCAAACCCUUUCUUCCUCCCUGUGAGAAAAAACAAGAGACCAACUGCUAACAAGGGAAAGGAUUUCUUUGGAAUUGAAGAAACAACAAAAAAAAGAACCUUACUGUAACUCAAACGGGAGGAGGAUUAAUCCGAUCUGUUCAGACUAAAAUGGCUCUCUUGACUGAUGCGUGGAAUACUUAACAUUUAACUUUUUCUUGAUUUUAUUUUAUUAUAAUUUUUCUCUGCACUUCUUCAAAAAGCCAAUGUGGACUUAAAAUGAAAAGCCCCCCCCCCCAGCCAAGAUGGUCUGACUCGAGCUGCCGUCUUCAAUCUUUGGUCAGAGUUGAAGCAUGGUGCCUAGAUUUCGUUUUCUUUUCUUUCCUCUUGCGAGGAGUAAAAUAGGAGGAUGUGGGGAUUAACAGAGGGAAUGGCCCUCUAGACUCUCCUCUUUCCGCUCUUGGAAAGCAGGUUCCUGCCCUACUGUAACUGCCACAUCAUUCCGUGCACCACCAUCGCUGCCACCUACCAAGUUUGGGUUGGUAGAAAAAAUGGCCACCAUAAUCCCAGUUUGUGUGGCAGACGAGGAUGGGGCUCUGUAGACGUAAGGUUGGGCGAGGAGCCAAGGAGAGCUAGCUUCUUAAUUUUCUAAACCCUCCCCCUCCACAAGUAACAUAAAUAAAUAAUAAAUAAACAAAAAUAUAAUCUCAAUACGAACCUAUGGUGGCAGGAGAUCCUGAAGAGCAUCAAUGCUGGUCUGGCUGCUUUUCUACCCUGAAUCGCAGGCUGUCGUACCGGCGUCUUAAUGGACACAGACUUCCCACUUUAGCCCCGUUCGCUUCUACUGUAUAUUAAAAAGAAAAGAAUAAACACCCCCACCUGCAUGUGGGUCUCCUUCCUCCACCCUGAGGCUUUUGGUUUAGUUUUGCUUUCACUGGCACUCUCGGUUGCUUCUCUUAACCCUUUCGGCUUUGGAAGUCUGAGCCGGUGUGAUGUCAGAGCUCGCUGCGCCAUAAGCAGGUGGGCCUAAAAGCACUUGAGAGGAUUUUUGUAAUGAAGUGAAGUAGUGGGUGGAGGGGUGCGGCGGUUUCUCUUAAAGACUAACUUUUACCAAAAAAGUUAGAAAUUAUCUCAUUGUGUACUUAUGCCUGAGAUAGUGCUUCAGAGGAGAGUGCCAAAUUAGUGGGACUAGUUUAGUGAAUAUUGCCCUAUUGGGGCUGGCUGUGUGGACAGGUGGGAUAUUAUUAUAUGCACCUUCCAUGGGGAAGAUAUUCAGUCAGCUGUAAAUCCUUGCUGUUCCUGAUCCACAAAUGAUCAACCAGUUGACCAGAAUAGGACCUGUGCUUAGAUAGUCCAAGUCCCUGCUGGUGUGUUUUUUUUAUUUUUAUUAUUUUUCGCUGCACUUGUUUUGGGAAAGGGGCACUUACCAAUAUCCUUGUUUCGAAGAAAAAAAAAAUUACAGAAUUGAAGACGUUUGUAUAAGGUUAUAUUUUUCCAUUGCUAUGAGAAAUAAAACAAUAAAAUGAUAUUAAACAUUC